GUCUUCAUGACAGCAAAAUCCAGGAACAGAUGAAGGUGGUAAUACCAACUGGCAACCAUGGUUUGCCAAAUGUUGAAAGCCGGGGUCCUUCAUCAUUACUUGAUCGAUUGAGGCAUGGUGGAGGCUGUGACUGUGGUGGCUGGGACAUGGCCUGUCCCCUUAUUCUUUUAGGCAAUCCUAGUAUUCAGUUUGCUGAAGACCGGUCACUUAUGGAGGAAUAUCAACCACUGGAACUUUUCGUUCAGGGAGCAAAAGAAAAUAGUCCUACCUUCAGCAUGACAAUGGUUGAAGAGGGGCAAUAUGCUGUUGAUUUUCAUGCACAGUUAUCAACAUUACAAGCAUUCUCCAUCUGUGUUGCUAUUUUGCAUGGCACUUCUGCCUCCAGCAGUGCAGGGCACGAGAAAAACCAACAGUUAUCUCAAUGCAGUUCAUUGAAAAUGCUUCUUGGGGAGGAAGUAGAUUUUUUCAUCAAAUCGGUCACAACCGACAAGAAGACUGUAUGCAAGACUCAGAAAGGAAUUCCUAGAUCCUAUGUGCUUAACCCACCUUUUUCUCCUAUUGCACGAGUAUAAAGUUAAGACUUAAUCAGCCCAGCUAGAAGAUGGAGCUGUAGUGAUUAAAUGGAAAAUAUAUCUAAGUCUCUCUUAUCUUUGUAUCAGUAUCAGCUUUAAUAGUGGAGGGUGGGAUUCGCAUCAAUAAGAAAUUUUGUUGCUAGACACAAUGCCCUGCUUACUGAAGCUGUAAAACACCCUCAAAAUCCCUAGAUAAAAUGUAAAUGGCUGCUUCUAAAGCUGAUAGGGAUAGCUAGCACAUUAGAGGUAUCAGAAUAAUUCUUUGUAGUAAGUUCUUUUAUUCCAGUUACUGAAAGUACAUGGGAUGGGAUAGAAACCGAAAAUUGUUCAUAUUGUA